AUGGUUGAGAUUGAGGAGAGUACUGAUGUAGACCAGAAGGAUGUACGCAUCAGAGAGCUACAAAAAAUCUUUUUUCGCCUCAACACUUUCUAUACCUUUCUUAUGUCCAGGAAGCAUGUCAUAACCACAUUUGAUACUUUAAAGAAACCGAUUGAAAAAGAUAUCAGAAGAUCCUUGGAGCCCAUUGACUUAGCAAGGAUUGCUUGCCUACUGCCUAGAAAUGUUGUUUUUAAGUACAUGGACAGCAAUCAAUUUCAAACUGAAACUAAGGUAUUCGAUUUCAACCGAGGUGGUUUCCAGCAAAAAUCUAGCGACAUUUUUGAGUUGAAGCCCGAGAAUGACGGGACUGAUGCUUCUGAGGAUCCUCAAGUCUUAGUUUUUGAAUUUACAGAUGGGAACAUGACCAGGAAUCAAUCUCGAUAUGAAUUUAAGACCCAAGUGAGCAUGCCAGACUUUAGCCCAGAAUCAAUGCGCAAAAUGAUAUACAAAAGAAAGAGGUUGUUCGAUACAAGCUUGAAAGCGUUUUUAGCUAAACAAAAAGUCACAAAUCGUGAUCCGUGGAGUGUUCUAACCGCUGAGGCCUCGGCUGUUGUACCUGAAAGAAAGGUAUUCGAAGACCCCAUUGAAGCUAUGAUUAACUCUAAGGACAGUGCUCACUCUAGGGUUGUUCUUGAUCCUGAAAACAAUAUGACUCGACUGUCAAUGUCUACUCUUCUGAAGAAACUCGAAAUGUCUGAGCUUUACAAUAAUCAAAUUGUCAGCCACAUGAUCAUUCCUGAGAGAUCGGCUCAUUACGGAGAGCUGAACUUUGAGUUGGCGCCAGAGGCUAUGGCUGCUUUUGAGCACGAUAGCUUUUACUCACACCAAGCUGAUGCAAUAAAUUCAAUUCAUGAAGGAAAAAACGUUAUUGUAACUACUUCUACUUCAUCGGGUAAGUCUUUCAUUUACCAACUUUCAGCAAUUGACAUAUUGCUUAAAGAUCCUCAGGCAACAUUCAUGUAUAUCUUUCCGACAAAGGCGCUUGCCCAGGAUCAAAAACGAGCUUUUCAAGUUUUGCUGUCAAAGAUUCCUAAAUUAUCACACAUCAUUGUUGACAACUAUGAUGGGGACACGGAGCAAGAAAAGCGCGGAUACGUUCGAAAGAAUGCCAGGGUUAUCUUCACCAACCCUGAUAUGGUGCACGCUAGUAUCUUGCCCAAUCAUCCAAACUGGCGCCAUUUCCUUCUACAUAUGAAAUUGGUGGUAGUUGACGAACUGCAUAUGUACAAAGGAUUGUUUGGGUCACAUGUCGCUCUCGUAAUGCGAAGGUUAGUUAGACUUUGUCAAGGAUAUUAUGGAAACAACGAUGUCAGAUUUAUAUCUUGUUCAGCGACCUUAAAGCAUCCCGUCGACCAUAUGAAAAAUAUAUUCGGAAUUGAGGACGUCACCCUUAUACAUGAAGAUGGAUCUCCUCGAGGUGAGAAGCAUUUGGUAGUAUGGAACCCGCCAGUGCUGCCGCAACAUAUGCGUAGACGAGAGAAUUUUAUUCAAGAGAGCGCCAAGAUCCUCGUACAACUGGUCUUAGAAAAUGUUAGAACGAUUGCGUUUUGCUACGUACGUCGUGUUUGUGAACUGCUCAUGAAAGAGGUCAGGACAAUUUUCAAGGAGAUGAAUAGGUUGGAUUUGCUAAAUGAGGUCAUGUCUUAUAGAGGUGGUUAUUCACCUUCCGAUAGAAGAAAAAUUGAGCAAGAAAUGUUCCAUGGUAACCUAAAAGCUGUUAUCUCCACAAACGCGUUAGAGCUUGGUGUUGAUAUUGGGGGGUUAGAUGCUGUGUUGAUGUGUGGCUUCCCAUUGUCCUUAGCCAACUUCCAUCAGCAAAGUGGCAGAGCCGGAAGAAGAAACAGGGAUUCAAUGACCCUUGUGGUUGCUAGUGAUUCGCCUGUUGAUCAACACUAUGUAAGUCACUCUGAGGUCCUCAGAGAUGGAGAGAACACUGACUUGUUUCAAGAGCUUGUAUUGGAUUUCGAGAAUGUCUUGAUUCUUGAAGGACAUAUUCAAUGUGCAGCAUUUGAACUACCAAUUGUUAUUCAGAGAGACAAAGCUUACUUUGAAGCUAAAAUCUUAGAAAAGACAUGUGAAGAAAGAUUACACCAUGAUUCGAAUGGAUAUCAUACACAUAAUAAGUUUCUUCCUUGGCCUGCUAAGCUUGUCUCUCUGCGCGGAUCGGAAAAAGAUCAGUACGCGGUUGUUGAUAUAACCAAUGGUCGCAAUGUUGUGAUCGAAGAGAUCGAGGCAACGCGAACAAGCUUUACGCUUUAUGACGGAGGGAUUUUUAUUCAUCAAGGCUAUCCAUACCUUGUGAAAGAAUUCAAUCCCGACGAGCAUUACGCCAAAGUUCAGAGAGUUGAUGUGGAUUGGACCACCAGCCAAAGAGACUUCACAGACGUGGACCCCCAAGAGAUUCAAAUGAUACGAUCAUUGGAAGAUAGCGACGUGCCCGUUUAUUUCGGGAAAAUCCAAACUACGAUCGUUGUUUUCGGAUAUUUCAAAGUUGACAAAUACAAACGAAUUUUGGAUGCAGUGGAGACACAUAAUCCGCCGGUUAUCAUUGAUUCUAAGGGCCUUUGGAUUGAUAUACCUCCUAACUCGGUCAACCUUUGUAAGCAAAAGCAACUCAAUGUCGCAGGAGGAAUUCAUGCUGCUCAACAUGCAAUAAUGGGCCUUUUACCCGCAUUUAUUGUAGCUGGCGUUGAUGAAAUCCAAACAGAGUGUAAAGCCCCAGAAAAAGAAUUUGCCGAGCGACAAACGCAGCGAAAGCGACCCGCCCGUUUAAUCUUUUUUGAUUCAAAAGGAGGACAAUACGGGUCUGGACUUUCCAUAAAAGCGUUUGAACACAUGGAUGUUAUUUUGGAGGGUGCAUUAAAACGGGUUGAGGAAUGUCCAUGUGACUACGGCUGUCCUGAAUGUGUGGCAGCUGCUUUCUGUAAGGAAAACAGUCUUGUUCUUUCAAAGCCUGCUUCGCUCAUUAUCCUCCAUGCUAUUCUGGGUCACCCUGAAUCUAGUUACAUUGACCAAAUUCAGGAAGGACCAGAGCCUAAUAUGCCAGACAUAAAAGUCGAAACUAUUGUCCCAGCUUCUGCGUCCGUAAAGUUUUCUCCGGAUGUGCAAAUAAUUGAUGUUAGAAGUGCUCAGCGUACAAGUGAUCAAUCAAGCCUAAUCAAAAAUGAGGAACUCACUUGA